AUGAGUCUUCAACUUGGUUUCAUUAUCUCAUUACUUGUUAGUUCAACCACGGCCAGCAUUCUAUUCUCCAGUAAUUUAUUCAACAAACCGCCUGGUGUUGGCGACUCUGAAGAUGCGCUCAUCCAACAAGCACAACCAGUUGACCCGGUUCCCAUUGAUGAUAUCAACGAUUUCAAAACUGAGCACGCACGAAACUGUUUUUUCACGCCGGUUCAAUGUUUCCUGCCGCAAACAGAAGCUCACAAGGAUAUGCAAUCCGUUCAUAGUGUCUACUAUCCAACCCAUACGCGUAGAAGUGUCAAAGCUCCAUGGUCAGUUGAAUGUCAGAAACUUGUUGACACUAUGUGGAACGAGGAUAAAGAUAAGCCAACGGCAGCUGAAGUUCAAAUGGACUGGGGAACUCAUAUUAGUGGAAAAACUGGAACCAAGAACAAACCGUAUAACUGA